AUGGCACCUCUAUCACGUCAAAACUCGUUGAAAGAUCGUCUGAGCAACUCUUCGCUCACCAAUCUUUUCAAAUUGAAUCGGAAAAGGUCUCGUGAAGAGGAUGUUGCGUCAACAGAGACCUCUGCAGUGGAAAGAUCAGAUUCAGAAGACACAAAAUAUGAUGACGAAGAACCGGCUCACAAAGCCAAAAGAAGACGGAAGUCUUCCGCAGAGAAGCAAAAAGAAGAUGAACAUGAGCGUGAACUAGAUGCGGCACUUCCAGAGGAGCUGCGUAAGUAUAGACCACGAGGUUUCCCUUUGAACCUGCCACCUACGGACCGCCCAAUUCGGGUGUACGCAGAUGGUGUCUUCGAUCUAUUCCAUCUGGGACACAUGAAACAAUUGGAACAAUGUAAGAAAUGCUUCCCAAAUGUCACGCUGAUAUGUGGUGUUCCCUCUGACGAAGUCACACACCGUUUAAAAGGUCUUACGGUAUUGACAGACCAGCAACGUUACGAAACUCUGAGACAUUGCAGGUGGGUCGAUGAGGUAGUUGAAGAUGCUCCCUGGUGUGUCACCCCAAAGUUUCUCGAGGAGCACAAGAUUGAUUAUGUGGCGCACGAUGAUUUGCCUUAUGCUGCGGCAGACAGCGAUGAUAUAUAUCGCCCUAUAAAAGAAAUGGGCAAAUUCAUAGCCACUCAACGAACUGAUGGCAUUUCUACCAGCGAUAUCAUCACUAGGAUUAUUCGUGACUACGACAAGUACCUCAUGCGCAAUUUCGCCCGUGGCGCUACUCGACAAGAACUCAACGUAUCUUGGCUAAAGAAGAACGAACUAGAUUUCAAGAAGCACGUACGCGAUUUCCGCUCGUACUUCAAGAAGAACCAGCAUAACCUGAACCAUGCUUCAAAGGAUCUAUAUUUCGAAGUGCGCCAAAUGCUACUUCGCAAGACCCUUGGGAAGAAAGUGUACUCCAAGCUGGUAGGUAAAGAACACCCCAUCAAGGCAAUCCGAGGCCGUUCCCCCGCCUCUGAUUUCGCUCGCACCUAUACCGACCAUGUUCCUUCCACGUGCGAAGAGGACGAGGAGGAUCAUGACGCUGAGGAGGAUAACUCCGAAGAAGACGACGAAAACAAUGAGCAAGACAGCAGUCAGAAAACAAAGCCAUCAGACUAA